UUUCAGAUUGUAUGUCAUUAGGAGCGGAAAACCAUCAAACUAUCAAGAAGAAACUUAAAUCAUACGACUACAGUAUUCGAGCGUCUGCUAGCUGCGACUCUUCUCCCAGUCUCUUUCAACCAUUCUUUCAACUUGUACUCCAUUACGAAGACGGCGAGACACAAGUUUUGGAUUUCACUUCAGAGCAGCUGGAGAAAUUUGUUGCUGAUUUGAAUAAAUCAUCCUGAAUUUCUACUGAAGAAUGAGUCAAAAUGCCGAACAAAAAUACAUCUACUCCAAACUUCCACCUGGUGCAAUAAGCAAGUCGACAGUAAUUGUACUCGCGACAGGAAUUGCCAGUUACACAGCACUUGAACUUCUAUAUGGUUCGGAAACGUUCUACAAAAAGGCAGUAAUGCCAAUGGUACACAAAUUUGUCGAUGGAGAAGAUUCACAUCGAUGGGCGGUUCGAGCUGCUUCGUGGGGACUUUUGCCACGUUUCGGAUGGAAUCGAAAAGAAUAUCCUGAACUGAAAUGUGAGCUUUUUGGACGAGAAUUCAAGAAUCCUAUCGGGUUAGCUGCUGGAUUUGAUAAAGAUGGACAAGCAAUUACACAAUUGGCCAAGAAUUCUGGAUUUGGACUCAUUGAAAUUGGAUCUGUAACACCAAUACCACAACCAGGAAAUAAUAGACCACGCGUGUUUAGGUUAUUGGAAGAUGAAGGAGUUAUCAAUCGAUAUGGAUUUAAUAGUGAUGGAGUUGGAAGAGUUCAUCAAAGAGUACGAAGUGCCAGAGAUUCAUGGGUUCCAGAGAGUUAUGCAUAUUUUGGAGUCAAUUUGGGAAAGAAUAAACUUACGGAAGACGCAAAAUUGGAUUAUGAAAUUGGUGUCAACUACUUUGCUCCACAUUGUGAUUAUCUGGUUCUCAAUGUAUCAUCACCUAACACUCCUGGGCUCAGAAGUAUGCAAAAGAAAAGUGAUUUGGAGAAGCUGUUGGCCUAUGUACACCAAGCGCUUGAAAUGCACAAGCUGGAAAAGCAGCCUCAAGUUUUUCUGAAAAUUGCUCCGGAUCUAAUUGAAUCAGAAUUAAAAGACAUUGCACAAGUUGUGACGAAUAAAAAGUUUGCGAUCGAUGGAAUUAUUGUAUCGAAUACCACAAUUGCACGACCCGACUAUCUCAGAUCAGAGAAUAAAACGGAAACAGGAGGAUUGAGCGGAGCGCCGGUUAGAGAAAUUAGUACGGAAUGUGUCAGAAAAAUAUACAAACUCACAAACGGACAAAUUCCAAUUAUCGGCUGUGGAGGAGUGUUCAGUGGAGCAGAUGCAUAUGAAAAGAUUAGAGCCGGUGCUAGUCUGGUCCAACUCUAUUCCGCGUUCGUCUAUGAAGGAUUUCCGGUAAUCGGAAAAAUCAAACGAGAACUUGUCGAACUUUUACGGAAAGAUGGAUUUUCGCAUGUUUCGGAAGCAAUUGGAGCUGAUCACAGAGAAAAAACGAAAUAAUUAUAUUCCCAAGAUUUUUGUUAUUUUUUCAGGUUGACUUCAUUUUCAUGGGUGUUUCAAAAUUGUUUUAUAAUUGAAUUAUUUUCUUCCGAUGUUCAAUGUGCCUUUUCAUGAGAUUGUAGGGUAAUUCUUAGUAUUUUCUGCAUAAAUUAUUUGAUUUCCUU